CCGGUUGUUGGUCCGAAAGUUGACAAAGCGUUUCUCGGGUUGUAAUUGGACCUUGAGUGUUAUCAGAGAAUGCUGGAAAUAGAAGGGGAGUUCAUGUGAUAAACAAGGCCGAGUCUUGGGGGUUCAGUAUGGUUUGUAAGUGAGCGUGUGUACUGGGGAAGGCUCUGCUGGGAGAAUGCAUCUAGUUCUUUCUCUCACUUCUCGAUUGACUUGGGAAGCUUGUGGGCCAUGACUGAGCAUCCUGGUGGAGAUGAUCCAGUGGAGGUGGGGUGUGGAGAGUCCCCCCAGGAGAAUUAUGGGCGGAUCAGUAUCUGUCGAUGAAAGUUUCCACGUUGUGAUUGUUGGUGGCGGCUUUGGAGGCAUUGCAGCAGGAAACCGUUUGAAGUCAUACAAUGUUCCAUUCACGUUGAUUGAUGUGAAAGAUGCUUUCCAUCAUAAUCCAGGAGCACUCAGAGCAUCAGUGGAAAGUGGAUUUGCAAAGCAGACAUUCAUAUCAUUCAAAGAGACGUUUGCACAGAACUUCAAGCAAGGCAAGGUCAUUGAUAUUGAUUUAGAAAAGCAGGAUGUUAUUUUAGAAAAUGGAGAGACACUACAUUUUUCCCACCUCAUUUUGGCGACUGGUAGCUCAGGACCAUUCCCUGGAAAAUUUGUUGAACCAGUUACAAUGGAGACUGCCAUCCAGAUGUAUGAAGAUCUAGUAAAACAGGUUCAAGAAGCUCAGAGAAUUGUUGUGAUUGGAGGUGGAUCUGCUGGUGUGGAAAUGGCAGCAGAAGUCAAAACUGAUUACCCUGAUAAAGAGGUAACUUUGAUUCAUUCCAAGAUUGCUCUGGCUGAUGUUCAACUCUUACCCAGCGUAAGACAGGGGCUGAAAGAAAUUCUCUUGAAGAAAGGAGUUCAGCUUCAGUUAGGACAAAAAGUCAUCAACAUCCAGGACCUGGUGAUGAAUGAAAUGAAGGCUGACAUGAAAGUACUGACUGACAAAGGAUUGGAGAUUAUUGCAGACAUGGUCAUCUGUUGUACUGGAAUAAGGGUCAAUUCUUCAGCUUAUUCAAAUGCUUUCAAAGAUUGUCUUGCUGAGGAUGGUGCGGUACAGGUCAACCCACAUUUGCAAGUCAUUGGGAUGAAAAAUGUUUAUGCAAUAGGAGAUUGUGCAGAUGUGAAGGAACCCAAAAUGGCUUAUCAUGCUGCACUUCAUGCAGUGGUUGCUGCAGAUAAUAUUAUCAACAGUGUUGGCAAAAAAAAUCUGAAAGUUUACAAACCAGGUUCUCUGACUAUGCUAUUGUCAAUGGGUCGGAAUGAUGGAAUUGGCCAGAUUUUCGGUUGUCAUGUUGGAAAAUUCAUUGUUGUCACGGCCAAAAGUAAAGAUCUACUAGUUUGGAAAAGCUGGAGAGAAAUGGGCCAAACAAAACCCAGCUGACUAGAGUGCUUUACUGUCUUUCUCCCAUUCUGGAAUGUGCCUUUUUGGUUUCUUUUUAUGCAUAUUUAAUCCUUUUGAAUUAAAAAUUAUGAUGCUGUAACUUUAUAAAUAAUUUGCAAGUAGAAAUGAUAGAACCUGAACAGAUAUACAGUAGUCAACCAUAACAUGACAAAAAAUAUCAAAUACAUGUUUUAUAUGGGUGCAGAAAAAGCAGCUGUGAUCCCAUUUCUGUUCACUGAUGCUUAUGAAGUUUAAUCACUGCAAACAAUAAAUAGAUUUUUCAAAUCCACACUGUAA